UUAGCCAAGAGAGCGAGAGAGAGAGAGAGAGAGAGAGAGAGCCUUCCGGUUGAUGUCGCUCCUUCUGAGCCGAACGCUCACGCAGUCCUCUCUGCUGGUGCAAAGAAUCAGUGGCCGACUCGCGCCGCGUGUCCUCCCGUGUGCAUUAAUAAAAGCCCAUCAACUCGUUACAGAUAUUAAGACGGUGAGAGCGGUCGCUCAGUGUUCAGCAAUCAUGGCCAAAAGGAGGCCCUUCGAGCGGCUACCCACGGAUGUGUACCCUGUCAACUACGGGCUCUGUCUGCAGCCCGAUCUGGUCAACUUCACGUUCAGCGGCAAGCUCCAAGCGAUGGUGGAGGUGACACAAGCCACCAAUCAGAUUGUGAUGAACUGUGCCGAUAUCGACAUCAUUACAGCCUCCUUUGUGCCUCAGGGAGGAGAUGAAAUUGACGCCACAGGAUUCAACUAUCAAAAUGAGGAUGAGAAAGUGACUUUGUCCUUUCCAAGUGCUCUAAAAAAAGGUUCUGGUGUGUUGAAGAUCAAGUUUGCAGGGGAGCUGAAUGACAAAAUGAAAGGUUUCUACAGAAGUAAAUACACCAACACCGCAGGAGAGACGUGCUACGCCGCCGUCACACAAUUUGAAGCCACAGAUGCCCGCAGAGCGUUUCCCUGUUGGGACGAGCCUGCAAUCAAAGCUACUUUUGAUAUCACGCUGAUCGUCCCCAAGGAUUGCGUCGCCUUGUCAAACAUGAACGUUGUCGAGCGCCAGCCCUACCCGAGCGAAGACGAGCUCGUGGAAAUCAAAUUUGGCACCACACCCAUCAUGUCCACGUACCUGGUGGCUUUUGUCAUCGGCGAGUUCGACUUUGUGGAGAGCCAGUCGUCUGACGGUGUGCUAGUACGAGUCUAUACGCCGGUGGGGAAGGCGGAGCAAGGUCGCUUUGCACUGGAGGUAGCAACAAAGACGUUACCUUUCUACAAAGACUACUUCAAUGUUCCUUAUCCUUUGCCUAAGAUUGAUUUGAUUGCUAUUGCUGACUUUGCAGCUGGUGCCAUGGAAAACUGGGGCCUUGUGACCUACAGGGAGACAGCCCUGCUUAUUGACCCAAAGAACUCAUGCGCAUCUUCCAGGCAGUGGGUGGCGCUGGUGGUGGGUCAUGAACUCGCCCACCAGUGGUUCGGUAACUUGGUCACUAUGGAAUGGUGGACACACUUGUGGCUCAAUGAGGGCUUUGCCUCGUGGAUCGAGUAUUUGUGCGUUGACUACUGCUUCCCAGAGUACGACAUCUGGACGCAGUUUGUGUCCGCUGACUACACACGUGCCCUGGACUUAGAUGCUCUGGACAGUAGCCAUCCGAUCGAGGUGAAAGUUGGCCAUCCAUCUGAAGUGGACGAAAUCUUUGACGCCAUCUCCUACAGCAAAGGGGCAUCAGUCAUACGAAUGUUGCACAACUACAUUGGAGAUGAGGACUUCAGGAAAGGAAUGAACGCCUAUUUGUUGAAGUUCCAGCACAAAAAUGCCUCAACAGAGGACCUAUGGCACUGUCUGGAGCAGGCCAGCGGGAAACCUAUCGCCACUGUGAUGGGUUCGUGGACCAAACAAAUGGGAUUCCCCAUUAUUGUAGUGGAACAGGAACAGCACGGCGAUGACCGGAUCCUCAAGAUCUCUCAGAAGAAGUUCUGCGCUAGCGGACCACAUAAUGGCGAGGAUUGUCCAUACUGGAUGGUACCUAUAAGCAUCUGUACCAGCAAGGAUCCCACCUGCAGUAAACUCCAGGUUUUACUGGACAAACCAGAGACCACUGUCACCGUGCAAGGCGUCACCCCCGACCAGUGGGUCAAGAUCAAUCCUGGCACGGUGGGCUUCUACCGCAUCCAGUAUAGCUCACCCAUGCUACAGAGCCUGCUACCCGGUAUCCGAGACCUCAGCUUGCAGCCAGUGGACCGCCUCAGUCUUCAGAACGACCUCUUUUCCCUGUCCCGUGCAGGCAUGAUCAGCACAGUGGAAGUGCUGCGUCUGAUGGAGGCUUUUGUCAACGAGCCCAACUACACAGUGUGGAGCGACCUCAGCAGCAACCUGGGCGUGCUGUCCUCGCUGUUGUCCCACACCGAAUUUCACGAGGAAAUCCAGGAGUUCAUCAGAGACCUUUUCACGCCCAUUGGCCUCCGCCUGGGCUGGGACUGCAAGCCCGGAGAAGGCCACUUAGAUGCCCUGCUAAGAGGUUUGGUACUUGGCAAGUUGGGUAAGGCGGGACACAAGCCCACCCUGGAAGAAGCCCGACGGCGAUUUAAGGAUCACGUGGAUGGCAAAAACAUUCUCCCUGCGGACCUCAGGAGCCCGGUUUAUUUAACGGUGCUGAAGCAUGGCGACAGCAGCACAUUAGAUACCAUGCUCAGGCUUCACAAGCAAGCGGACAUGCAAGAAGAGAAGAAUCGCAUUGAGCGAGUACUUGGCGCCAUCUCUGCACCAGACCUCAUCCAGAGAGUGCUCACCUUUGCCCUCUCGGAAGAGGUUCGUCCUCAGGACACGGUGUCCGUGAUCGGGGGCGUGGCCGGCAGCAGCAAACACGGCCGCAAAGCUGCCUGGAAGUUUGUAAAAGACAACUGGGAGGAGCUUCACAAUCACUAUCAAGGCGGAUUCCUACUGUCACGGCUCAUCAAGUUGACAGUGGACGGAUUCGCCAUCGACAAAAUGGCUUCAGAAGUCAAGAGUUUCUUUGAGAGCCACCCGACGCCGGCAGUGGAGCGCACGGUGAUGCAGUGCUGCGAGAACAUACUGCUCAACGCGGCCUGGCUGAAGCGAGACGCUGACGACAUCCACCAAUAUCUAAUGCAGCGCAAGGCGCCCCCCUUUUGAGACCUUCCUCCCCCAUCUGAAUCGCUCUGCCCGCCCCUUCUUCUAGGCUUACCCUCGCCCGCCUCAUUUUCCUAAGGCGGGAGAAAGCGGGAGCGGACGUACUCGCUGGCUUCAUUUUUCUCUAGAACGCUGAAUACCAUAAAGCAAAGCCAAGAAUCUCACGAAUUACAUCAACUGCUACAUUGACUACAUCGUUUGCACCUUGACCUGGAUGCUUGUUUUUAGCCCCCUCAUCCCCAUUCAGCCUCUUCCAAGCCCACCAAGACUUGUCAACCCUCGCCAGCCUCCAGACAACUGUGAAGUCCCUUUUUAUUGUGCAUGACUCACUCAGCAUUAUUGGGCAGGUGUGUUGAAAAAGGAACCAGGAGGUCUGCUCACGGUCUCCAGCAUUGCACAUCAAGGGUUUUACAUCAUCAGAUAAGUGCAGUCAAACAGUAAUAGUAAUAUUAUUAAUAUGAAUUCAUAACAAAUCAAUCUUGUGUGAGAAUCUUGAUUUUGUGUUUUUUUUUUUUUUUUUUUUUUUUUUUACCGGCAGUUCUAAAAUGUAAUACACGCUUGUGUAUUAGAAACCCCUCCAAAUUAAUCUGGUGAACACACUUUGUAUACAAAACAGGACAUUCUUGUUUGUAUUUACAGCCGAUUUCUCAGUCUUGUCCCGAUUCAUAUCGGAACGGAGCAACUCAAGAGGCCGUCAUGAUUCUCUGUGAGCAGUGAAAAUUAUUUCAAUUUGUAAUACAAGAUGUUACAUAUCAUAUUGGAAUGGAGACCUCUUUUUCACAAACCCAAGGUACACGUAAAUGUCAGUACAAUGUGAUGUUGUCUUAAUUUUGCUUGAAUUCAUGUUUAAUAAGCACCCUUAAUUUUAGUUUGCAAAAAAUGUGUUGUUAUACUCUUCAGUAGGUUUUUUGUUGUUGAAUUUCACAGGACAUUUAAAAAUAAUUAUUAUUUGGUAUAGUAACACAAUUAAAGACCAUACUAAAUACUCCGUACAAUUAUGCAAAUAUUAAAUGUAGAAUCUAUACACUUAAGGGACUAUAAACAUUAAAAGGUAAAAGACUAAACAUUGUACUGAAAAUACUCAAAUGCGAAAAUGUUUACUAAAAUAUUUGGAAAAAAGAUCAGUCGAACAUGCCACCAAAAGCAUUUUAGAUGAAAUACUAUGAUCUUGGUCGCAAGUAUUGACAAGCAAAAAAAAUAAACCUUUGUUAUAAUAAGUUUAUGAAUUUAUAAAAACAAUCUUGUGUGAAUAUCUGGUGUAUUUUUUUUUCUGUUUGCUAACACUUCCUGCUACUGUACUGUAGGAGUCAAGGAUUUCGUUCCUUAUUUAUUUGGCCCUUUCACCCUCUUCCCCCCUAUUGAUUGACAGGUCAGGCAUGCCGGUGUUGGGUGGUAACACCAGCACUUCCAUUUUACUGCCUUUUGUGUGAUUGCUGUCAUUAUUUGACUUAGAACAGUACUACAAAGUAUGUGACUGAGGCGCUAAACCCAGUUAUCAUUCAUGAUCAAGAGAAAAACAUUGAAACUAUGCCCUUCACCGAGUCCACAGGGUCGUCGCUGAUCAAUGAGGUGAUUUUCUACUUUGAUUUCUGGAGUUAUCGGUGAAUAUCCCCAGGUGACAUCGGUGGAACUUUACAGAAGCCUUAAAUUGGUUGACUGCUUAUCAGUAAGCAAAAUAGGAAGAAGAAAGGAAAACGAAACAGUUCUGGCGAGUAAUGUGAUGAUUCAGACUUGUGAAAGGAAUAUGUAAGUAACAUUGAGUUUGAUGUGGUAUGUUUUUGGAAAUUGAAUUCAGUGUGAUCCAAACCCCCAGACUGAACUCGAAGAACAUGUUUGUUUGUUUUUUUUUUUGUUUUUGUUGAAAGUAUGCUCAGUGUUCAUUAAAGUGAAAGGAUU